GUUCCAUUCCUCACUCCUUCUUGCCAGUUCUCCAUUCAGUGUUUACCCCCAUGGGUUGCCUAGCAUUUGGCUAGAUGGUAUGGAGUUCUAACGAAGCUACUAGGGACUACGUGCUUGGAUGACAACCGGUGAUCACAAACCUUUAUUAGCACGAACUCCACACAUCCAUCCCAGGUCCUUUACCCAUCUGCAGAAAGGCCUCCAGCACCUGUAUGCACCUUAUGCACCUUCAGAUGCCCUGGAGCUGGAGUUAGAGGUUCAGCCUUCCUCCUCUAGCGCCACACUCUCGCCUGGAAUAUUCGUUCUGAUGAGACAGAUUGCUAAAGCAGGCUGCAGAAUCCUUUGAAAUGCACAUUACUCCACUUCCAAGGCCAGGACUACAGCAGCACAGUUAAUAUGACCUCCACAAGACAUGAAGGCACAGGCACUGCGGUGUAUCUUCUUUGCUGUCACAUUGUACCCUUGUGGAUCUUUUGACACAUUCCUCCCAGUCCUCUUCAGUCACCGUAACCGUAAUAAUGAGCAACUCAUUCUUGGAAGAUAUGAUGAAGAUGUCAUUCUCCCUUGCCUGUUCACGAGUGGGUCUCAAGUUGUAAUUCACUGGAUAAGUCAAGAUAACUAUGUUCAUAGUUACUACAGUGGUAAGGACCAAUUGGAAAAACAGCAUUUUAGAUAUGCACACAGGACAUCCCUCGUUCAUAGUGAAAUUAACAAUGGGAAUGCCUCUUUAACUGUCAGAAGAUUGAGUCUUCAGGAUGAAGGAAUUUAUAUCUGCUACGUGGGAACAACAAGUACACAUACUGAAAACACAGUGGUGCUAAAAGUGGGAGCUUUUCACACACCUUUAAUAAAAUAUGAAAAGAGGAACACAGAGAGUUUUCUGGUAUGCAGUAUUCCGAUUGUUUACCCUUGCCCACAUAUCAUAUGGAAAAUGGACAAUACAAAUGUCUCUGAAAGCGAUUCACAAGUAACCGGAGCUCCAGGCCCUUUUAAUAUUAGUAGUACACUGAAUAUUACAGGAUCAAAUUCGUCUUUUGAGUGUACUAUUGAAAAUUCACUUCUCAAUCAAACAUGGAGAGGAGAGUGGACAUUGGCAGGUAGUCAUCAGAAGAUUGAACGUGACUCUAUUUCUCUCUGGUGUACAACCAGCCACAAUUUUUCUCUACUAAAUCAAGACUUCCAAGUUUCUUGGUCCAAGGUAGUAAAUGGGGCAUCCUUUGUCUUGGAUUGGCAUCCGAACUCUUCACAGGACAUAGCUACUAAUGACCCUCAAUUCUCAGGGAAUAAAGAGCUGAGAUAUAAUAGUGACUUCUCCUUAAUAUUGAAAGAUCUUCGUGCUUCAGACAGUGGGGAAUACUUGUGUAAUGUUUCUUCUAUUGAGUACACAUUACUCACCGUCCACAGGCUAAAUGUAGCCUCCAGUCUUUCACAACGAACACGUGUUGGAACUUGGAUUUCAUUUUUACUGCUUCUGAUGUCGCUAGCAGCAUACUGCUGUUACUCUAAAGUGAGAAGAGACUCCAAUGACGCUGAAGGGACUAGCACAUACACAUACUCUGCCCCUGGAGACCAACGCGUCCAGGUUCCCCAGCCAGAGGAAGAAGUGCAAUGUGGUUCUGACGAAGUAAACAAUCUCAAUUCAGAAACACACCCUGUCUCUGUUGAUGAGAGUGCUAUGAAUGGUGAUAACUCCAAUGGAUAUGACAUACAACAUUGUGGGGACCAACAGAUGUAAACGUAUCCCACCCAGACUGGAGACUUUUGCCAAGGGAUGCUCUACGAAAAAGGCUCAACCCAGAUGCUAACACCUUAAUACUGGACGUCCAAAUUUGAAGAAUUAUAAAUAAAUUUAUUUUCUUUAUAAAUUACUCCCUGAGCAACAACACCAACCGAAGACCUCCAGAACUGUAUUGACUCUUCAGGAUGUAAACGUCAAUUGCAGAUCUGCUACCUUCAAUAAAACAAUGGAUAUCUGUGUCGAGAGAAUUCCAGCUCCACUUAGAAAACAAAUGUCUUAUAAAUGGACAUCACUGGUGUAGCCAGGUUAGGAUGUUACUGUGCAUUUCCACCAGUAACUCAGUAGAACUGUACAAUUAGAGGUUGCUUCAAGUUCUGAGAACAGGUGGGAGCAGGAUUAUCCUUAGUGGAACUGUAAAGAGCUAUUUACGGUCUGGAAACAAGACAACCGAUAUGAUUAUUAUACCAUAGUCUUAGGUAAUGGUUGUUUGAGCAAUACUGAUUAGCAUUAGGAUGAGUUAUGGGACUCUGGAGAGUAAGAAUGUCAGUGUCCCCAAGACUACUUAGGGAAAGAGAUCUCAUCAUCACUAGAACUGAUCUGUCUGCUGGGAGUGACAACUGGUGACACCAGGCUAGCAUAGCUGCUGAUGGAUAGAUUUGAGGUCUAUUUGAAGAAGGCUUUCUGGCUUAGUUGGCAUCUUGAAUCAGCCUUCUAAGAAGGGGAGAAUGUAGAGCCCGGCUGGUUUGAUGAUCUGUUGCCUUCAUUUUAAUAAUCAAUUUAGAGAAAAAAGAUGGAUGUUAGUAUUUGGAAGUUUGUCAAUAUGAUAUAACUGCACUUUUAUUAACUUAGAUAAGCAAAUUUUUGAGAUUGUAGUUGGUUUGAUUGCCAACUAUCUAGAGUUUUUUUUAUCAUUUGAUAUUGGUAUCAUAUUUGUAUACUUUGUAUUUGUAUUGAUAACUCUUUGUAUAGUGCUGUGUAAGAUAUUCAUAAACAGUAAUGUGUUAAAGAUUCCAAUGUAAAGAAAAACUCCCUUGAGAUAAUAUUAUAAUUCAAUCAACUGUAAUAACCCUGGUACCUAGUGAGGCAGUAGUUAAAAUUAGCCUAUGAAAAAUACAGGUUGGCAAAGAAAGAGUCAAGAAUCACUCCAGUCAAGGCCAACUAAGACUCACUGCCAAUUUGAUGUAGUGACUCUUCAUUGUCCAAGAGUAACUUAUGGCUCAGUAUAAUUCUAAAACACAACCCUGGGCAGAGACUUAAAAUGCUGAUUAGACGUAUGACGUGAGAAGUUGCAAGUUGAACAUAUAACAGAUUGAGUGUGCUUAGAAAAGUUAGCAUUAUGCAAAUAGAUAAAAAAUUCAUGCUAAACCAAGAAAAUAUUCAGAACUCUGGCUGGAGAGAUGUCUCAGUGGUUAAGAGUACUCGCUGCUCUUGCAGAAGAUUCAUGUUUGAUUACCAGCACUCACACGGUGGGUCACAACCAUCUAUAACUCCAGUUCUGAGGAUUUGACACCCUUUUCUGACUUCCAUGGGCACAAGGCAAGCACGUGGUAUAUAGACAUACAUGCAGGCAAAAUAUUCAGAUACGUAAAACAAAAAGCAAAAUACAUCUUAGAAAAUAAAGUUCACCCCAGGAAGCUUCAUCAAGUCCCUGCCUUUGUAAAUUAAUUUUUUGCUAUUGCUACAAGUGUCCCACCUGCUGUUUAUAAUAAAGGCAGAUGGGUGACAAGAAAGAAAGAAAGACAGAAAGAAAGAAAGAAAGAAAGAAAGAGAAAAGUUUAUAGUGAACAAAGUUGCUAGGCUUCCUCCAUGUUACCGCCCUUGGCUCUUCUCUUGGAAGAAUAUUCUCAAUAAAGUAACUCUGAUUUAGCUA